AGUCAGCCUGGCUUCCGGGUUCUUUUUGCAAUCCUAGCUCUGCUAAAACAGCUUCAAGCUCCUCAAGCUCUUUUUUCUUCAAUUCCUUCUUUAAAAGUUGCUCUUCAGUUUCCUUGGUAGACAACGAAGGUUCACGAGGCUUCUUAACAACAGUUUCAGGUUUUACUGGCGCUUCUAAAUCAUUUUCAUGUUCAUCCUCGGCAUCAUCAAGGCCUUCUAUCUCACUAUCGCUUUCCUGCUAUUAAAUCAUUCACAUGUCUUGCAGUUAGUCAAUGUGAAGCUCAAUGUCUCAAUGAAACAAUAAUAACCAUCUUCUAUGUUAUUAAUUUGCCAUUAAGGCCAAAACAAAUUAACAAUUAAGUGCCCAGUUAUGCAGCUUUCAGCUUUCACUACUCCAAAUGGGACGUGAAGGGCAAGUCCAUGCUACAUGAUAUCAUCUACGUUAAACAUUAUAGUUAUGGCACCACCGAUCUCGUUCGAUCGGAGAGAGUGAUGGCGGAAUUGGAUGCUGCUGAGUCAAAAAGACGAAAAACUGAGCAGGUUGAAAUGGCGAAGGAAGCGUGCCUUUGCCUUAUGACGUAUGGAAAGUUGAUGGUGAUCAAACUGAGCAAUUUAAAGGAAGAAGUUGAUGUCAAAGAUUGGACUUGUUUGCCUCCACCACCGUUCGAGAUGUUUUUGGAUCUUCCAGGUCAUGAUAUGUGUCCCUUCGAGUUCGACUCCAAGGUCUAUAUGGCGCCGUCCAGCCUGCCGCCUGAAAUUCACAGAAGCAAAUCCAUUUCCAUGGCGAAUCUGGUCCCCUGGCCAAUCUUCGAAAUCAAAUUUGAGGAGGGAAGAUUUGCGCGUACGGGAUCACUGGAUGAUGCACCCUUUCCUUUUGACGAAUCAUACAUCGCAAACACGCCAGGCUCAGGCGAUGUUUACUUCUAUAUAAAAGUGAGGCGACGGGUCAGACAUGAAUCUAGAUUUUACGUUCUUUGUUCUGGUUCUAGAGUUUGGAAACCCUUAAUGGCUCCUGGGGCCAUCAUUAGCGAGCCACGUGUCGACAAUACCAUGUUCGUCCUCGACAACAACCUCUUUUUUUUAUCGUCCACUGAGAGUGACUCUUGUUUGGCCCGCUUCGACCCCAUAAAAGAGACUUGGAUGGAUAAGUCUGCCGCUGAUAACAAUCUUUCGAACUUCCUACAGGGUAGGCUCAUUAGCGGUGAUGACCACUGUCGUGUUACUUAUUCCCCACACAUUUCUGUGUCCCUUCCGGGUCUUGGCAGCAGCAACUACACCGUUUGCCUUACACAUGAGUAUGUGAAGAAACCUCCUCAUGCACCUUUGGACAAGGUCUUUGCCAUUCUCGUUAACCACCAGAAAGGCCUAGUCGCAUUAUACCAAUACCUUGAUGUGGGUUUUGAGGGUAUUCAACCUCCAAUGGAAGAACCGGGCAGAUUCAAUUUUGUUGACCUUGGCAACGGGAAGCUGUGUGCAAUACACUCUGCAGAGCUGUUGCAUUUUGAACCGGAUUCAUCCAAGCAAUGCAUCUCAGUUUUCACACUGUCCAUGUUGAAGGACGUUGCAGCAUUGCAACUUGACAGUGGGGCUCCUCCCAUGGAGCAAGAUUUCUUACAAGUGACUGUCCAUAGGAAGAGUGUCUUCACCAUGGAGAACUGUGGGCUUACUAAUUAUAUCCGCCAUGCGUUUGUUUGGCCACCUACUAAGGGAGGAAGAUUUCAGCACAGGACAACUCCGUUUUAGUAACAUUUCUUGUGGCUUAUUAUCAUCCUUAGUCGUUUUCAAUAGGAUUAUGAAUGAACAAUGAAUUAAAUAUUAAUCUCUAUAUGAAUAUGAUAUUGCUUGA